GGAAGCCAGGAUGGCGGCCGCAGGGGCAGCGGCCACGGAUCUAGAGGUGGUCCGGGGCAGGCGCGCCGCCCUCUUCUGCGCCGCAGUGGCCAUCGUGCUGGGGCUGCCGCUCUGGUGGAAGACCACGGAGACCUACCGGGCCCCGCUGCCUUACUCCCAGAUCAGUGGGCUGGAUGCCCUGCAGCUCAGGCUCAUGGUGCCCGUCACCGUGGUGUUCACCCGGGAUUCGGUGCCGCUGGACGAUCAGGAGAAGCUGCCCUUCACCAUUGUGCACGAAAGAGAGAUUCCUCUGAAAUACAAAAUGAAAAUCAAAUGCCGUUUCCAGAAGGCCUAUCGGUGGGCUUUGGAGGAAGAGGAGGAAGCCCUGUCACUUGACAAUGUGCAAGAGGCAGAAGCCGUGUUGGCUGAGUCCCAGGAGCAGCUGGAGGGCUCCCUGACUGUGUACGUGAUCUCUGAGCAAUCCUCACUUCUUCCCCAGGACAAGAUGAGCUACAUUGGGCCUGGGAGGACAGCAGUUGUGCGGGGGCUCAUGCACCGGGAGGCCCUCACCAUCAUCGGCCAUCGCGUGAUCCAGGUGGCCCAGGCCAUGUCUUUGACAGAGGAUGUGCUUGCUGCCGCCCUGGCUGACCACCUUCCAGAGGAAAAGUGGAGCUCCGAUAAGAGGCGGCCCCUCAAGUCCAGCUUAGGCUAUCAGAUCACUUUCAGUCUACUCAACCCCGACCCCAAGUCCCAUGACGUCCACUGGGACAUCGAGGGCGCCGUCCGGCGCUACGUGCAGCCCUUCCUGGACGUUCUAAGCAUCACUGGCAACUUCUCUGUGGACUCUCAGAUCCUUUACUAUGCGAUGUUGGGGGUCAACCCGCGGUUUGACCCGGCUUCCUCCAGCUACUACUUGGCCAUGCACAGCCUUCCCCAUGUUAUCAACCCUGUGGAAUCCCGCCUAGGCUCUGGUACUGCCACCCUGUACCCCGUGCUCAACUUUCUCCUCUACGUACCUGAGCUUGCCCACUCUCCCCUGUACAUUCAAGACAAGGAUGGGGCUCCAGUGGCCACCAAUGCCUUCCACAGUCCCCGCUGGGGUGGCAUCAUGAUCUACAAUGUGGACCCUAAAGCCUACAACGGCUCUGGGCUACCAGUGAGAGUGGAUGUGGACAUGGUGCGAGUGAUGGAGGUGUUCCUGGCACAGCUACGGCUGCUGUUUGGGAUUACUCAGCCCCAAGUGCCUCCAAAAUGCCUGCUGUCAGGGCCGAAGAGUGAGGGGCUAAUGACGUGGGAGCUAGACCGGCUGCUCUGGGCCCGGUCAGUGGAGAACGUGGCCACUGCCACCACCACCCUCACCUCCCUGGCCCAGCUGCUGGGCAAGAUCAGCAACAUUGUCAUCAAGGACGACGUGGCAUCUGAGGUGUACAGGGCUGUCGCCGCAGUCCAGAAGGCAGCAGAAGAGUUGGCCUCCGGGCACCUGAGCUCUGCCUUCGUCGCCAGCCAGGAAGCCGUGAUGUGCUCUGAACGUGCCUUUUUUGACCCCUCGCUCCUCCACCUCCUCUAUUUCCCCGAUGACCAGAAGUUUGCCAUCUACAUCCCACUCUUCCUCCCUAUGGCUGUGCCCAUCCUCCACUCCUUGGCCAAGAUCUUCCUGGAGACCCGGAAAAACUGGAAAAAACCCGAGAAGACAGAGUGAGGGGGCAUCUCAGUAGGAAGCCUUGCUCUGCAGCCGAGGCAGGAAGGGUGAGCCUGAGAGGCUUGUGGAUGUUCAGGGCCCUGCC